AUGUCGUCGCCGGAACCACCAGGACCUCGCCGUGACAGGAACCAAGUCGCAGCGCAAGCUUGCCAGACAUGUCGUACCAGGAAGAGCAAAUGUGACGAAGCAAGACCGGCUUGUGGGCUUUGUCGGCGACUCAAACUCGAAUGUGUCUACCGAGAGCCUCCUCCAACAAAGAAGGACAAAACUAUGGUGCACAUCCUCGACUCACUUGCCCGGCUGGAGCUCAAAAUGGACCAUGCGAUCAGUGGCGGCGGAGGUGUCAGUCCGGGAAACGACCAUUCCCAUUCCCAAUCGCAAUCAGAUUCAUUCACAACCCAGGGUCCUGCCAGGGGACACCGGGAAGCGUACGAGCACGUGACGGCACCUCACAAGGUCAUCCUCUGGCCCUCGAUCUAUAUCUUCCUCGCAAAUACAGGCAACUCGGCUGCGGCAGAAUCACAAAAUAUCCUACAACAAGGCACUGCAUGGUUCCUCCAACAAGAGCGAGCAUUCCAGGAAUUCGGUCUGCGUACUGAUGUCUCGGCCUCUGACGCUGCCGAUCAACUGCUGUUCCGGAGUGAAGAACUCUGUGCGGCUUACUUCGACAACUUCAACAUUCUGGCUCCUAUCCUCGACAAGGACCGCUUCAUCAGAGAAGUGAUGAAUCCGGCUCUCGGCAAUCGAUGUCAGGGCCAAGAUGAAGGGACCGUACUGACAUGGCUUGUCCUGGCGCUCGGCGAUGUAGCGAUUCAAGGUGUCUUUGGUGAUCCCAUGAGUCAAGCAAAAGACGUGGCGAGCGGUCUUCGUGGUGGGACUCCAGACAAGCCACCCGGCUUGGAAUACUUCAACGAAGCCAGGAGGCGGUUCGGAUUCAUCUUCACACAAAUCUCUAUUGAGGCGGUGCAAAUCAUGUUGCUCAUGGCUACGUACUAUGAAACCUCGGCGCGACAUUUGGAUUUCUGGAAAUGUGCUGUAUCAGCGUCUGUCACCUGCCAGGCGCUCAUCCGAGGCCAGCGCGUCGAAUGGGAGACCCCCUACGGGCAUUGUCUCAAGCGUACCUAUUGGGUCUGCAUGCUGAAUGAAAUGUUUUAUCAUCACGAUCUGGACUUUCCACAAUCCGGAAUUGAAGAGCUCCAAGAUCUUGUCCCUUCUCCAUCAUAUUACAACGCUGCCCAAGGACUGGCACCCGUGGCAGCGUCGGACGAUCGAGCAGAGUUUCACCAUCACUUCCUCGCCAUGGUAACAUUACGGCAGCUCAUAGCUCGCAUCCAUGAUGCAUUUCAUCGUUCCGCCGACAAAGAAAUCUCCCUUGGCCAAGGUAACAGCAACCGCUUCGGGCUUGUCCGCGAAAUGGCCCACCAGCUCGAAUCCUGGCGAAACCUCCUCCCGCGUGCCCUCCAAUGGCAAGACACCGACCGCUUCGCCUUCCCUCCCCUCGGGCCUUCCAACCGCCUUUCCAACGAACCCCUCUUCACCGCCACACAACUCCCCAUCCUCAUCGCCCACCGCCACAACAUCGACAUCAUGGUCGCGCAGCUCCGCACGAGAUAUUACUAUGCGCGCUUCAUGAUCUACCGCCCUUUCAUCUGGCGUGCGCUCCACAUGUGCGAGGCCAUGACCGAAGAAGACGAGGAAUGCUGCGCGAUGGCCAUUCGGUCGGCGAUCAUGUGGCCCGUGACGAUGAGCCCGCCCCGUUCGAAGAAGAGACUCGUCCCGCAUCAUUUCACCUGGACGCAAAACCUCAUCGGCAUCCUCCUCAUCCUCCGCAUGCGCCACGAGAACGACUGUCUCGCCCGCAUCUGCGCCGAACGGGUCAAUCCUGAGGAGAUCUCCCGCUCCGUUGGGCUCAUGUUGGAUUGGAUCCGUGAUAUGCGUCAGGUGGACGGGAUUGCGAACUGGGGAUGGACGGUGCUGGAGCCGCUGUAUCGGAAUGUGUGA